GGCUGGCUUGCCGAACAACCUCCUCGUGGUGCCAGCUGGGUGGUUCGGGAUCAUCCUGUUCCAGCGAAUGGUUCGGCGGCAGUGUUCCAGGACGUGGUGGGUUUUCGCCUGGCAAGCGUUCUCCCUAUAAAAAGCCACAUAUGUCCGCUUAACAACACUGUGACGUGGCGGAUGUGACUCGCCACUAAAUAAAGUCACUGCCCCUUGCCUCUCUCUGAGUGGCAUUGUAAUUCAAGGGUGCGUUGGGCCCCUGGUCCUAUGCGGUCCUAAAGGCGUAUGAACCAUUUGUUUGGUCACCGGCUCCCAACGGGUUGCGAUACCCUCAUAUCGCCCUGCUGCCUUGUAGGUUAGAUCCUUGAUCAAAGGCUCGGGGUGGGGCCCCCUAAGACAACCCUCUACUUCGGCCUGGGCAACCGGGUAGUAUCUCGCCCACUGACGAACCAUGGACUUACAACACAACCUUUCACCCGCUGUCUUGCUGUUACCAUGCUAUCCACUCAUGUUACUAUGCCAACUGCACAAGCACACGCCACCAUUUUACCUACUCUUCCCGUGUCCCAUUCACACCCAUUUUUACCUGAUUCCUCUACAACGAUCAAUCCCACCUACACUGAUGAACCUGUUCCCGUGACAUCUGCCAACUCAACCACACAGUACUCAACAGAGAGUUGCCGGCCCCAAAGUCGCCUAUCUUCGCUCCUGCAACCCGGAACGCAGUUCAAACUUGCAGCUUUUAACGUACGCACAUUACUGCAGAUCGGUCAGCAAGCUGGAGUUGCACGCACGCUAGAGACCCUUGGAAUUGAUAUCUGCUGCCUGACUGAAACACGACUCCAGGACUCUAACUCGGUCUACCAGCUGGUGUCACCGCUGCAUCCACGCACCCGGUUCCAUCUCCGCCUCUCUGGUGACGCCGAGUCUGCCGCAUCUGGGCAAGCUGGUGUUGGAAUCGCCCUCAGCGCUAGAGCCGAGACUGCUUUGAUUGAUUGGAUUCCGAUCAAUAGCCGCCUUUGUGCGAUGAGGCUCCAUGGCUCUUGUAAGGUCAGCAGAUGUCGAGUCGAAAAGCGUGCUCUCUUCGUGAUCUCUGCCUACGCGCCCACUGACUGUAGCUCAGACAUCGUCAAAGACCAGUUCUACCAGAACCUUCAUGAGCUGCUCCUAAGGGCUCCUAAAACAGACAUCAUUGUUUUGGCAGGUGACUUCAACGCGCGUGUCGGUCGUCUGCUGCCAUGUGAGCGCCACCUCGGAGGACCGCAUGGAUAUGAUGAUGUUCGCUCAGACAAUGGUGAGAGACUGCUCAGUCUUUGUGCUGAUCAUCAACUAUUCCUCUCCAGCACCAGCUUUCGUCAUCCUGGACGCCAGUACGCCACUUGGCGCCCCCCAUCAUCAACCCAGCGCUGGUCACAGAUUGACCACAUAGCUAUAAGUCGCAGGUGGCGCGGCAGUGUACGCGACUGCCGAUCAUUUUGGUCAACAUGCGUCGACACCGAUCAUGCACUGGUGUGUGCGACCGUUUGCAUGCGUUUUGGUGGUUCGCCUAGGUCAAAACACACCCGACUGAACGCCUACAAGUUGGAGGACCCAAUGGUGAAGAGGGAUUAUCAACAAAAGCUUCGCGAAAAGCUCCCUCUCUCUCACACUCUGGAUGUUGAUCAACACUGGUCAAGUCUCCAGCAAGCCUUGUUGUCGGCCGGUUUGUCCAGCUGUGGCCUCACUCGCUCCACUCCCAAAUGCUGGAUCUCGGGAAGAUCAUCAGAAUUGCUGGAUCGUCGACGGGCGGUGCCUGCUGGUGCAGAGUACAACGAACACCGCCGGUCUAUUACGCAACAGCUGAAAGCAAGCCUUCGCUCUGAUCGUGAAUCUUGGUGGUCAAAACAAGCUGGUGAGAUGGAAGCCGCUGCAUCAGCUGGCAACUUCCGCCGGCUGUUUUACAUCAUCAGGGCCACUGGUUGCAAUUUCCACGCUAUCAGCCAGACGAUUUGCGAGGCAGACGGCACGAAGAUCACCAACCUUCGCAGACGAUUGGGUCGCUGGUCAGAGCAUUUCGCUCUUCAAUUCAACCACCCAACACAGUCCCCUGCGACACCUCCAGCCCCAAUGUAUGAUGCUUGGCCUGUCUCCACAGCCCCCCCAAAUGAAGCAGAGAUUCGAAAUGUAGUCCAAUCUUUGAAACGCCACAAAGCUUCUGGUCCCGACAACCUACCACCAGCUCUAUUCAAAGAUGGUGGGAGUGUACUUAUCAGCGAAAUCCUAUCGCUGUUCACAAAAGUUUGGACUGAGGAGAAGGUUCCGAGCUCAUGGGGAGAAUCGGUCAUUGUCCCAAUUCACAAGAAGGGUUCCCGCGACGAUUGCUGCAACUACCGCGGAAUCUCCCUAAUCUCUGUCGCAUCCAAAAUCUUCGUGUCGGUUCUACUUGGCAGGCUUUCAACGACUAGAGAGGAGUUUUCCCGAGAAGAACAAGCUGGAUUUCGUCCAGGCCGUGGCUGCAUCGACCAAAUCUUCACGCUUCGGCAAGUUCUCGAACUUCGUCACAUCCACCGGCGGCCAACAAUCGUAGUGUUUUUGGACAUCCGAGCGGCAUUUGAUUCAGUAGAUAGGUCUGCGUUGUGGAACUGUUUACUGAAGAAAGGUGUGCCCGACAAGUUUGUAACCAUCCUGAAAGUCCUUUACAGUCACACGUCGGGCAAAGUUAGGGCUUACGGCACGCACUCCUCUUCAUUCGCUGUGACCAGCGGUGUUCGCCAAGGUUGCCCUAUUUCACCUUUCCUCUUCAAUUUCGCCAUCGAAGAUGUUCUCCAAAGAGCACUGGAAGGUGUCCAGGACUGCGGUGUUGAGCUUCUCCCUGGAGACAGACUCACGGACUUGGACUAUGCCGAUGAUAUCGCCUUGCUGGGGGACGACCCACAAUCCGUCCAGAACGCUCUGGACCGCUUGGCGAUGGAGGCGUCUAAGUACGGCCUGUGCUUCACUCCGGGAAAAUGUAAAACGCUGCUCCAGGAUUGGCAGGUGCCUGAACCCGCGCUCACCAUUGCUGGACAUGUUCUGGAGCAAGUCCCUUGCUUCACUUACCUAGGGAGUUGCAUCACGGCUGGUGGCGGUGUUGGAGAUGAAGUCUCACAACGGAUUGCAAAGGCCCGCCUUGCAUUCAUCAAACUGAGACAUCUAUGGCGUCGUCGUGAUGUCACUCUCAAGCUCAAGGGCAGGGUGUACAAUGCUUCCGUCCGUGCAGUACUCUUGUACGGCUGUGAGACUUGGCCUAUUCGCUCGGAAGAUAUGAAGCGGCUAUCAGUCUUUGAUAAUCGCUGUCUACGAAGGAUUGCUAGGGUGUGGUGGCAACACCACGUAAGCAACGCAGAGGUGAGAGACCGCGUGCUUGGGACGAAUAGUGCCAGUCUUCAAGACGUUAUUCUCCGACAUCGCAUGCGCUGGCUCGGGCAUGUUCUGCGCAUGCCAGCCCAUCGCCUUCCACGUCGAGCGCUAUUUGCACUCCCAGGGAGCGAUUGGAAAAAGUGCCGCGGUGGACAGCCGAUGACGUGGAGAAGGAGUAUGAAGAAGGCGACCUCAAGUUUGGCAGCAGUCGGACCAGUCCGCCUUCCAGGUUGGGGACCACGAGAUGCUGAAUUGCAGUGGUUGGAAACAUUGGACGUCAUGGCCCGCAACAGACAUCAGUGGCGGCAAUGUUGUUCCGCAAUUUCACCAUCCCUUUGAUACACACAAAAACUCACAAAACAAAACAAAAAAUACAAAAUGGCGUGUGUAAAACCAAAAAAAAUUCGUUUCCCAUAUUUUUUAAUCGCAUUAGUGUCCCCAUCUUCUUCACCUUUUUCUUCUGCCAUGGUUCUGAUGGCACAAUGUCUGUUAACAGACUGUGAAUAAAUAUAUAU